AUGAAAGGGAUCAAAGCAAAACUAGUAGUUGAUGAAAAUGCCCAGCCAAAAUUUUGUAAGCCACGGCAAGUACCCUAUGCAAUUCGACCAAAAGUUGAAGCUGAACUUGACCGACUGGAAGAGGAAGGAAUCGUCUCCAAAGUCAAUUACCGUGAAUGGGCAACCCCUAUAGUACCAGUUGCGAAAAAGAAUGGUACAGUACGUAUCUGUGGUGAUAAAGUGACUGUCAAUCCUGUGUUACAAGUUGACCAAUACCCAUUGCCCAGAAUUGAAGAUAUAUUUUCUGAGCUUGCAGGUGGUCAAAAGUUCACUCGAAUGGAUUUACAUCAAGCAUACCACCAGAUGGAAUUGGAUGAUGAAUCAAAGAAAUUUCUCACAAUUAACACAUCAAAGGGACUUUACAGAUACAAUCGCCUU